AUGGCUGAGGGCAGCGCCGUGUCCGACCCUCAGCACGCCGCGCGCCUGCUGCGAGCGCUCAGCUCUUUCCGCGAGGAGUCCCGCUUCUGCGACGCGCACCUUGUCCUCGACGGGGAGGAGAUCCCGGUGCAGAAGAACAUCCUGGCGGCCGCCAGCCCGUACAUCAGGACAAAGUUAAACUAUAAUCCUCCAAAAGAUGAUGGAUCCACUUAUAAGAUUGAACUUGAAGGGAUAUCGGUAAUGGUUAUGAGAGAGAUCCUGGAUUACAUCUUCAGUGGGCAGAUUCGGCUAAAUGAAGAUACAAUCCAAGAUGUUGUCCAGGCAGCUGACUUGCUGUUGCUGACAGACCUUAAGACCCUGUGCUGCGAGUUCUUAGAAGGCUGCAUUGCUGCUGAGAACUGCAUUGGUAUCCGAGACUUCGCCCUGCACUACUGCCUGCACCACGUGCAUUACCUCGCCACUGAGUACCUGGAGACUCACUUCCGGGACGUCAGCAGCACAGAGGAGUUCCUGGAACUGAGUCCCCAGAAGCUCAAAGAAGUGAUUUCCCUUGAGAAAUUAAACGUUGGUAAUGAAAGAUACGUGUUUGAAGCAGUAAUUCGAUGGAUAGCACAUGACACAGAAAUAAGAAAGGUCCACAUGAAGGAUGUCAUGUCAGCCCUGUGGGUCUCAGGACUGGACUCCAGCUACCUACGGGAACAGAUGCUAAAUGAACCCUUAGUACGAGAAAUUGUCAAAGAGUGCAGCAACAUCCCACUCAGCCAGCCACAGCAGGGAGAAGCCAUGCUGGCCAACUUCAAGCCGCGGGGCUACUCCGAGUGCAUCGUGACCGUUGGUGGGGAGGAAAGAGUCUCACGGAAACCCACAGCGGCAAUGCGAUGUAUGUGUCCUCUCUAUGACCCUAACCGGCAGCUCUGGAUCGAACUGGCUCCUCUGAGCAUGCCAAGAAUUAACCAUGGCGUUCUUUCAGCAGAAGGAUUUUUGUUUGUGUUCGGGGGCCAAGAUGAAAAUAAGCAGACACUAAGCUCAGGAGAAAAGUACGAUCCAGAUGCAAACACAUGGACUGCUUUGCCGCCCAUGAAUGAGGCGAGGCACAACUUUGGGAUCGUGGAGAUAGACGGGAUGCUCUACAUCCUCGGAGGAGAGGAUGGAGAAAGGGAGCUGAUUUCCAUGGAGUGUUAUGAUAUUUAUUCAAAAACCUGGACAAAGCAACCUGAUUUGACCAUGGUUAGAAAGAUUGGCUGCUAUGCAGCUAUGAAAAAGAAAAUCUACGCCAUGGGUGGAGGAUCAUACGGCAAACUGUUUGAGUCUGUGGAGUGUUAUGAUCCAAGGACCCAGCAGUGGACCGCCAUAUGUCCACUGAAAGAAAGAAGGUUUGGAGCAGUGGCCUGCGGCGUUGCUAUGGAGCUGUACGUGUUUGGGGGAGUGAGAAGCCGGGAGGACAUCCAGGGCAGUGAGAUGGUCACCUGCAAGUCUGAAUUCUACCACGACGAGUUUAAGAGGUGGAUAUAUCUCAAUGAUCAGAACCUAUGCAUCCCCGCCAGUUCAUCUUUUGUUUAUGGAGCCGUACCCAUUGGAGCCAGUAUUUAUGUUAUCGGAGACCUUGAUACAGGUACCAACUAUGACUACGUACGGGAGUUUAAGAGAAGCACGGGAACCUGGCACCACACCAAACCACUCCUUCCAUCUGACCUUCGCCGCACAGGCUGUGCAGCCUUACGUAUUGCAAAUUGCAAGCUCUUCCGCCUGCAGCUGCAGCAAGGCCUAUUCCGCAUUCGUGUUCAUUCCCCUUGAAGAGGAAGCCAAACAAAAGGCGAGAUCCUGCCCAGUGCGUGUGCCUAGCUGGAUGGGAAGAGCAGAGACGCAGCCGGUGUUGCUGUGUGCCGGGCGUUGGUAUGGCUACUCAUCAGUGGUUUUAUGCUGCUUAGAAGCUUGGGCUUCUGCUCUUGUUUGGAGACCGUGUAACUGUUGACUAACUACCGGGGAGGAACCAGUUCCUCCAGCUACAUGUGUCCCUAGAGCUUGGAGGCUAGUCACUGUCAAAAGGAGGAGGGCGUGGGAAUUGGUGUCAUGUAAAAUAUCAGUUAAAACCCUAAGGUGCAUUUUCCCUGAAGGGAACUCAUACCUGACUGACUGCUGUGUUCAAGUAUUUGUGGCUUUGGUAAACAAACAACAGAAAAACCUAUAUAUGCAAAUCAACAUAUCCAAGCAUACCAAGAUUGUUUUCUCCUGUACUUGGAAGGAGACAUUAUGCCUGACCCUACCAGUGAGUUAAGGUGUGUGCCUAACAUGUUAGAUUGGACACUAUGCCAACAGGUAGUUUCCUUGUGUUACUAGUGCUCUGUCCUAAGAACCUUUUUAACACUCUAUCAUGAUGAACUGAAAUUAAGAUGAAAUGUCUCUUUUAGAACAGUCUUAGUAAUGUGCAUUUGGUCAACAAGGGGUCAGGUCCGCAGCUCUCACGUGAACCCAAAGGAAGUUGCUCACUGGAGAUGGCAGCCUGAGGUGGCACUGUCACAGUUGUGAGGGGCUCGCACAGUGUCAUUCUUCCUUUCCAGCUGGUCAGACCAUUUUAUACAUGUGAGAAUGUUGAGAGAUUUUUGGGGAAAAAAAAAAAAAGAACCAGGUCUGCUAUGAUUAAAAAGAAUUUUUUAAGCUGUCCAGAUAAAAUACAUAGGGAUCAAGGACUUUUUUAAUAUGAUCUGUCUGAAAGCACACUUGUUUACCUGUUUACUACUAGUUCGCAGUUAAGAACUGGUUUUAGAACGCAGAUCUGUGUUCAGUCUGGUCUUUGUCAUGAAUGUUUCUGAUGCCAUUCAUUGGGAAGAAUUUAGACAAUUUUUGUUAGGAGUAACGUUUAGCUGGUAGAAUAAACUACCUCAACUUACUUUCAUUCUGUUCAUAGUAGAGCAACUUAUUCUUUUCUCUUUCCCUCCUUUCCUACUGCUUAUUCUCACUUCAAACCCUCCCCAUCCCACUUCCUACUAAGGAAGAAGAAUUCUUUCAUUAGUGGAAUUUAUCUUCUAAGAUAUUUUGUUUUCCAUUCAUAUUAUACCACGUUGGUGUGAAAUCAGGGACUUUACAGUACUUGAUUACUUCAUAGUUUGAAUUUUAUGCAAUAUCAAAUUUUUAACCAAUUUACUAUAGAGUUCUUCAUUUCUAAUUACUUUCUACAGGUUUAUUUCUUUUAGAAUAUGGCUAUAAAAAGCAACAUUUUGUCUUACUGAUGAAUAAAUAUAUAAAUACAUCCUUUGGUUGUAAAUUUGAGAACAGGAAUUUCUUCUAGAAACUUCCUUGUGGGGUGUUUAUAUGCAGUAAGCAUGCGUAUAAAACAUCGCUAUUCCCACCCAUGGACAUGAGAAAGGGUGACCUGUCUGCAGGGUCUUUCUUAAACCUGCUGGGAUUCAGUAAGCUUUACAAAAACUACUGAACAAGAGGUCAGGCCCAUGGGGUAUAAAAGAGGGCAGUAUGGCAUCCUAACUGCUGUGGGCAGAAAAGAUGUUUUCAUCUUUCACUAGUGGCUCCAGGCCAGAUGUGCUACACAUUCAUGCCAUCCAGUCAAGUUCAAUCAAAGCCAGGCUUGGAUUGUGUUGUAUAUUGGCCAGCUGUUGUCUGCACAUUUCCCCAUGAUGCCUUGGGUAGCUUCUCAUCAAAGCAAGCCGCGUGGCCACUGCAGAGCAAGAGCACUUUCUGUUCAUGAUGAGAUUGCUGCAAGUGGGGUUUGCUCUGAAAUAACCUGGACAGAGCAGAGUUCUGAUGUGCAGGAACUGACGGGGAAUUGACAUUCUGGGACACCAUAGUAGUAGUGCUCUUUUUUGAAUUUCUGAAGUUUAAAAUUCUUCCCAGUCUGUGUGUGCCAGGCCUCUCUAGGGAGAGAAUUCAUUGUUUAGGAGUGAAUGGGUCCUGUGGCUAUAAUAUCAGUGCCUAUUGACUUGCCCUAUUCACUUUAAAAAUUUGUUUGUUUAUUUGUUUGUUUUUUAGUUCAGUUCAUUGACACUGUAGCUGCAGAAAUUAGAUACUGUUUUGUAAAAUAAAUUUGCAACUUAAUAUGGGAUGCAAUAACCAACAAAUGCUGCUAAGUGCCAAAUGUUAUUUUACUAUAGAUAACUAUUUUGUUGAAGAGUGGGGCUGUAUUUAAUUUUAUUAUUCCAAAAUUAAUCAUGACUUUUUUGUAAACUAUUCUCAUUUUAGUAUUGUGAAUAAAUUGUAACUCAUUUCA